AUGGAAUAUACAAGUAGUAGAAACAACGGGGUGAAUGGUGCUGGAAGCAAUGAUGCUGAAGGUACCACGCCCGGCAGGUGUCCCAUGGGUGAGCAGCGUGGGCCUGGUCGUCAUCAUGCUACUGCUAGAACUGGAUGGACUAAGGAAAUGAAUAUAGCUGUCAUGGAGUGCUAUUUUUUGAGUAAUCCUGUCGAUGAAAAUGCGCUAGAACUUGAAGAGAUUAGGAAAAGAAUGGUGAAUGUAAACUUUGAAGAGGAUGGGUUUAAGAAGGUGGAGAGAACAUUACUCAGGAGACAUGUAAAAGAGGUGAAUAACGUUUUGGGAAAAAUUGUACCAGAAAGUAUAUCUGGAACAAAUAACUUAAUAAAAGCCUGCACCAUCUUGAUAGGAAGAAAAGUAGGUCUCAGACCUUACCGCAAAAGAGCUAAUGGAAUGAAAGAGCCUUGUAUUAGAAGAGCUGAAGCAACGAUUAAAAGCAAAAUCUAUGAAAAUUCCAGCGAGACCAAAAACGGGUUCACCAACAGCUGGGUGAAAAAGGUAAACAGCAAUGAAAAGCCUGAUGCUAUUGAAAGUAAACGGUUUUGGAGUAACAUUUGGGAUAACAAAGUAGAUCAUAAAAAAGAUGCUGAAUGGAUGAGAGAAAUACGAGCGGGUAAAGGCGAUGGGAAACAAAAUAAUAUUAGAAUUGCGACUGAGAUGGUGAUCCAGCAAACAAGAAAGAUCCCAAACUGGAAAUGCCCUGGACCUGAUGGGGUACAAGGGUAUUGGUUGAAAAGUUUCACGGCAUUGCAUGAGAGAAUUGCAGAUCAAUUAAAUGACAUGAUUAACAACGAGGUUGAAAUUCCCAAAUGGAUGACCACCGGUAAGACCGUUCUAUGCCAAAAAGAUCCUGGCAAAGGAAAUGCUGUUGACAACUAUCGCCCUAUUUCUUGUUUACCUUUGAUGUGGAAGCUGAUGACAGGGAUCAUAUCCAACGUUUUGUAUGACUUUCUGGAGGAUGCUGAUAAGUUGCCAAAUGAGCAGAAAGGUUGCAGGGGGAGAAGCAGAGGGACGAAGGACCAACUGCUCAUCGAUAAAACAGUGCUGAAUGACUGUAGAAAGAGACAUACCAACCUGGGAAUGGCGUGGAUCGAUUAUAAGAAAGCCUAUGAUAUGGUCCCCCAUUCCUGGAUUCUCGAAAGUCUGGAACUGGCAAAUGUGGCGGAUAAUGUUAUUAGUUUCAUCAUGAGAUCUAUGAGGAAUUGGAAUGUGGAUUUGACAUCGUGUGGUGAAUUCUUGGGUAAGGUCAACAUCAGGAGAGGGAUUUUCCAAGGAGAUAGUCUUUCACCUCUUUUAUUUGUGAUCUGUAUGAUUCUCCUCACAGACAUAUUAAGGAAAGUCCCAACGGGCUACACUCUGAAGUGUGGACUAAAGUUAAAUCACUUGCUAUUCAUGGAUGAUCUUAAGAUCUAUGGGAAGAAUGAACGUGAAAUCAAUGGAUUGGUCUCUACUGUAGAAAUAUUUUCAAAUAACAUAGGAAUGGAAUUUGGGGCCAAGAAGUGUGGCACACUUAUUUUAAAGCGAGGAAAGGUGGUGAAAACAGAUGGUUUAGAAUUGCCUAGUGGUGACAAAAUUAAGGAAGUUGAAGAUGAAGGCUAUAAAUACCUUGGAAUCACAGAAUUCGAUAAAAUAAAGGAUAGUGAGGUGAAAGAAAGUUUCAGGAAAGAAUACCUAUGUAGAGCAAAAGCUAUUAUGAAAAGUAGACUACAUGGAAGGAAUAAAAUCAUGGCGAUGAACACAUGGGCAGUGUCCUUAAUGAGAUACGGGGCAGGUAUCAUUAAAUGGAAUGUUGCCGAGCUUGAUGAGAUGGACCGGAAGACUCGGAAAAUUAUGACUAUGAAUGAGUUUCACCCCAAGAGUGACGUUGAUCGGUUAUACGUAACGCGAAGUAAAGGUGGUAGAGGGCUGAUAGGUUGCAAGAGCUGUGUUGUUACAGAAGAAAACAGUCUUGGUUGGUACGUAAGAAACCAUGAUGAACCAUUGCUCGUCGCAGUUAAGGGUAGCAACACAAUCCCACUUUGCCAAGAGUCAAUGAAACCAAACGAAUUUAAAGAACUCAAGCAAGAAGACAGGAUUAACACCUGGAAAGACAAAGCGAUGCAUGGUCAAUACCUCAGAGAAAUGGAGGGCAAAGACAAAAUUAACACCUGGAGAUGGCUACAGGAAAAUGACUUGAAAGACUGUACUGAAGCAUUGAUUUGCAGUGCACAAGAACAAGCUCUCCGAACAAAUUACACCAAAUUCAAAAUUGAUAAAACCAUUGACACCCCAUUUUAUAGAAUGUGUGGCAAUAAAAAUGAAACAGUUACACAUAUUAUAAGUGAAUGCAGUAUGUUGGCGCAGAGGGAAUACAAGCGGAGGCAUGAUAAUGCUGCCAAGUAUGUACAUUGGCGCCUCUGUGAAAAAAUAUGA